GCGUUUUCUAGUUCAUAUAUCAAAUUUUACUUUUAACCUCCUUUAUUAAUAUAAACCCAAACAAAGCGAGUAUAUUGGCAGUCUACACUUCCUGCAAGUGGACUCAGCGAAAAUAGUUACUACAAGAUCAACACAUAUAAUGGAGUAAAUACGAAGAUCUAAUAGAAUGUUAAACUUCACUGAUUAUAUUUGCUAUGAAUAUCUAAAAAAAACGAACUGGAAUGUUCAUAAUUUAUACUGCAAUCUCACACAGACAGCCGACAACAUCCUAAGAUUUGACAUCCCUUCUGGAAUCAAUUGUCAGCUUUCCUCAUUAACGACCCCAAAUUUUGUUUCAAAAUGUGAGAUUUCAGCUAUGCCGAUCCUUAAUGGAUCUCUUUCCUACAUAUAUAGUAACGUGAAUUUGGAGAAUGCAAAAAUCGAUCCCCUGACGGAAUUACAAAAAUUCUAUGAAGGAUACAAGCAUGUUGACGUUCCUUUUAUUCAUUACCCAAGGGAAUUCGAAGACUUCAAUCUUCCUAAGAAGUCUACUCUUCUUUAUGGAUGCAUCUUUUUACCUUCCAAAAAAUUAGAUGCAAUAUUUGCGAGGAGAUUGUCUCCAUGGAGUCUAUUUUCUGUGUUGGCAACCAACGAGAUUGACGAUCCACAUGGAGGAACGAUGUGCUUUCAAUGGCAGCACGAUACUGGUAAGAGGAGCCUGGAAUUGAUGUAUGAGACGACAGAAGCAAUGAUAGGACUCAGAGCCUUAUGGAAUCUAAAUCUAGAGGAAGACCAUAUGCAAAAAAUGAACGAAACCAUCGGAACUACUUCGAAUAUGCGCUGGAGUUUGGGUUUUGAAACAUACUAUGGCAUUUUGACAAAAUGUGCUGGUGCAAGUCUAGGUAUGCGACUCCAUAGUGGACCUUCUCAUCUUUAUUCACCGUUUAUUUUAACCUGUACUUUAAAUCCAAUUGUUGGUCACAUAACUUCCACCUUUUCGACAGCAGAGCCGCAUGUAAAAGCGUUUAGUGCACAAUACGAUUUCAAUAUCUACUCUUAUGAAAGUAAACUUCAGAUAGGAGCUGAGCUUUGGCGUGGUAAGUUCUUUUCUCGCGCUGGAGAUGAAAGAAAUGGAUCAAAAAUUCAGUCAUGUACGUCUGUCCUGAAAUCUGUAUUGUCCACAACGGGUGAAAUCUCAUUGCUUUGGCAGGCACGGAUCCGGAAUUUUCUGUUAACCUUGGGUACAACGGCACACAUAACAAAAAUUGAUCCCUUAUAUUUUGGAAUACAUUUAGAAUAUUCAAAUUGAUUUUACACCUUCAGCCUGGUCAAAUCACUAAAACAAGUUAAGAGAAAAAAAAAGAUUCAGAACAGUUUUUCACUAUAUAUUAGGAAUAUUUCUUUUCACUUUCUUUGUUCUUUUUUUGUUUCUUCUAUGAAGCUUACGUCUGUGAAAAUAUAGGUCUUAUCUUGCCAGAAAAAUUACUGAGUAGUAUCGAUAUAAAAAAGUCCACAGGAAAAUUUAAUUUUUAUUUUUGAUUUUACAGAUGCAAUAAUCAU